AUGAAUUCUAGACAGUUGGCCAAGGCGGCCAUCCCCGCGUAUACCUGUCCGGAGGGAACAAAAAUGCACCUUCUGGAUUUAGGGUUGCUCAGCUGCGAGGAGGGAUGGCUGUUCAUGUCAAAGGGCUCAGCCACAGUUAGCAAUCCCCAACCAGCCCGGAAAUGGCGAGAGAUGAUCGUUCUGGCGGGUCUCAUUGACCACCCGGAAAUGGGGCUGAUUCUGUUCGAGACUGGAUGUGCAGAGGAUAUUGAUAUUAAAUGGCCCCCUGCUAAUGCGGACACUUUCCCUCGCACGCGGUAUGAGCCCGAAAACCGUCUUCCGGCUGCCAUCAAAGCUGCCGGGUACGAUAUCAAAGACGUCAAAGCAGUGAUCAUGGGACAUCUACAUCUCGACCACGCCGGCGGCCUAGAGCAUUUCCUCAAUACAGACGUGCCGAUUUAUGUGCACGAGGAAGAGUUCAAGUAUGCAUGCUGGGGAGCAGGAACCAAGGCAGAAGAAGGUGCCUACCUCGCCGACUAUCUCCGUCUAGACGGAUCUCUCAAUUGGCAGACCUUCAACGACUCCCAAUUGGAUCUGUGCACGGGGAUAACCCUGUAUCUCUGCCCCGGCCAUACACCGGGUCUGUGCAUCAUGCAGGUCAACCUGGCCCAGGAUGGAACGUUCAUCUGGACCACGGACCAGUUCCAUGUGCGGGAGAACUACGAGAAUAAUCAAGCGCAGGGGUGGCUGCUGCGUGACCAUAAGAGCUGGAUGGACAGUACGAACUUUAUCCGGCGGUUGCAGAGGCUAUACUCGGCUACUAUCAUCUUCGGUCAUGACUUGGAGGUCGGGACUGCGUUGAUUCAGCAAAAGCCAUUUUAUCAGUGA